AUGUGGAUUAGAAGAGUUUUAAUUACUCUGUGCAUCGUCACACAAGUCCAGCUCGUCUUGGGCAUAAAAGAAACCGAGUACAAAGCUGUCGAUGACACAAACUUGACCACGCUGCCCAUCUAUGAAGAGUUUGACCAAGUCAGCCUUUUGUCCUGCGCCCAUCUUUGUUCAAGCUCCGACAAAAAUUGCUACAGCUACGUCUACAACUCAACCACACGACACUGCACACUGGGUUCCUGGCUAGUGCCAAUGAAAUCCUCAGACCAAAAGGUUCAAGGAAAGAUCUGGUCUAGUGGGAAAUUCUGUAACACAACCAGAAACAUCACAGUCCUGUCUGAUGGUUCCAUCUCAAGACACGACCUUCUGAUUUGUACAGGCAAGAAGGAAUUAUGCUCAGGCAUAGAGAGCACUGACCCCCGACCUCUGGUGACCUUAACCUCUGGACUCCAGGUCAUGUGUGACACAGUGACAGACGGUGGAGGAUGGACCAUUUUCCAGAGACGUGUUUCUGGGACUGAAGAUUUCUACCGGAACUGGAUGGAAUACAGAAAUGGGUUCGGGCUUUUCAGUAAAGGAAACUUUUACAUGGGCAACGAAAACACUCAUAACAUGAUACUGCAAAACAAAACAGUAUUAAGAGUGGACAUGGUCUUAAACGGACAAAGCUACUACGCUCAGUACUCUAGUUUCAGUAUUUCCAACGAGGCAGACGACUACAGGCUACAUGUUGGUGGCUACACAGGGGACGCCGGGGACAGCCUAGCCAACCAUGACGGUAUGAAGUUUUCAGCUUUUGACGUGGAUCACGAUAUGAAUCCCAAUGUAAGCUGUGCUCAAAUUGAAGGCAUCAUUAAACAAAUUCAUUCAGAUUUUAAAAAAAAAUAUUGCUGUGUCAACUAA